CAACUUGAGGAUUUAAACAAGUUGGUUCGCAUUGUGUUGAUCGUUAGCGACGUGUUCCAAAAGAUAAUCGUUGAGAAUUGGUUUUCACCGGUGUGGAUACCACGUGGAAAAGUUCAGUGAAGGAAGAAGAAUACUUUAAUACUCUUUUUUGUUAAUAAACGUAUGAUCGAAAAAAGAACCACUGCGAUGCUGCGAUUUAAAUCGCGUGGUUUCAUCCUUGCGAGACGAUCGAACGUUGUAUUCGUAUUAUAUAAGAUAACGUUGGAUCGGUCUUUUUCUUUUAAUAAACACGCGUAGGCGUAAUCGUGGGCAAUUUUUUCUCUUACGCUCGUUUGCUUCGCUUUCUCUUUCUUUCGUGCGACUUCGUAAUUCAUAAUUUCAACCGAUAUAUAUAAACUCGCUCCACAAAUUUUUCUCAAACGUUCAAAAUUUCAUCGAUAUCGUAUAAAUACAUUUUUAUCUCUGCUUACAAACGAACGAUAAGAUUCCUAUAAAAAACGCAAGCCAACUUUCGCCUCUCGUUUUCCUCGCGAUGCGCGUCAUUAAUUCAGUUUUUCCAGCGAUAACUCGAGGGAAAAGAAAGGAAAGGAACAAACCCCCCUGAAAAAUCGGGUUUUUGAUGAAAACGACGAGCUCACUACGAGGCGCGCCAUUCUUUUCAAUUUCGAAAUCCGGUAAACCGUGACGGAUAAAAACAUGGUGGAAGGUAAUGGCGUGGGUAGCAGAGGCGAAAGCGAGAGCUCGCCCGUUGCUGGAGUAGAUCGUAAAUGGUUUUGUUGCGCGUAUACGUUGUUGUUGUUACGCGCGCCAUUUACACCGGUCCGAAGUAUCCUCCGUGCCGGACGACACGGGUUCGGAGGCUGUGGCAAGAUAAAUCGUCAGAUUCGAACGGAAGGAUCGGCAACGAAGAGAAAACUCUGCCGUGCAUUCCGCUCAAUUACGAAUCCAGACUUAUCCUCGCGAUGAUAAACGCGAUGUCUGCUACUAACGAACCAGGGAACGGUGGUAUAUUUCAUUCGAUCGAACAUCGAACCUUUCCAUCUCGCAACGAAAUUGUUUUUUAAUGAUAUUCUAUUGCGAUAAAAUGCGAUAAGAUUGUUAUUUUUUUUUUUCUAAUUAGACUCUUUUUAACUUCGAAUAUUUAUCUGUAGUUAGAGAUGGAGAUAUCAAUGAAUCGUUUGUGCGAACGAUAAAUUGUUUGUUUAUCGGUACAAUCGUUUGGCAACUGGUAUCGUCGAGUAAACGAUGAUAACGUAUAAUGUUCUCGAUAUUUAUAGAAUAUUCUUCAGAAUGUGAAAAUAAGAUAUAAAACAAUUUCUGGAAAUUAUAAUUGAUUUUCCUAUUUACAUUACACACGAGGAUUAUAAUAAGGAUUUUACAUGGGAUAUAUUAUUAUAUUGAAUGGUUAAUAUUUGGUGACGCUUAAACACGUUUUAUGUAUUAAAAUGUAUUAUUUAAUAUCGCGGAAACUGUAUAAUACAAUACUCCGAGUUAAUUUUGAUAUUUUUCGAAAAUCGACAGUUCCAAUAAAAAAAAUAGUAGUAUUAUUAAUUCAUCAAUAUGAUAUUGGAAAUUAAUUUUCGACGCGAUUUACUCAAUUUACCGGUUUAUUUUACGAUAAUGAGAUUAGUCGUGUUACGAUAGAACGUUAUUUGUGUGUGCGUGAACGUAACUAUAUUCUCUGUAUUCUCUGUUAAAUGGUAGAACAACAGACGCGGUAUCGUCAAGUUUAUUGCCGGUUAGGUUUCCUCAUAACUCGUAACUGCACUCUCUUCCCUUCAUCUUCGUGGUAAACCGAGUUGGUUCGACGAUUGUCCAAUUCAACAUGCGUGUCUCUCGUCUCAUUUUUAAGAGCGGAUUCUUGCGAAAUAUUUCACGAAAUCGAUCCAUAUCGAUUCGUUUAUUAAACAUUCGCUAUUUCCAUUAUUUCAACGAAACGACGAUGAUCAAGAUGUUAUCUUAGAUUACCAAUUGUGACACCAACAAUCGAAUCUCGAUAGUAAUCGCAGAGUUCAAACUAAAAAUCAUUCCGAAUGGAAAUUCUCGUUCAAAGGUAUACAAAGAUACGCGCAGUUUUAUUGAAUUACAUAGCGGUUGCGUAGCAAGGAUUCAUCGGAUUAAACAUUAAUGAUGCGGUGUAUACCGGGUUGAAAUUCCAUUCCGUUCGUAUCCCCGUGACGGAUGAAAUUUUAAUUCUCGAUCGCAGUUCCCGUUCCUCGUUUUACUUGUCAAUUAUCGCGCUUGCCGCGUUACGUUAAAACCAUUUAUCGCGGUUUAAAUUCCUUGGACCGAUUCCGCGGACACCCUCGGUUUAAGGAUCGGCAAAGACACGUGAGAGACGCGAGGCAAGAGAACAAUCGUAACCACCGACCGACGAAAUUAAAUUAUUAUUAUUACAUGUUAUUAUAUUACAAUCGAUUUCCUUUGGGAAGUAUUAUCCAAUUAUAUGGAAAUCGGCGUAACUCUGUUAAUCACGAGAUAUACGCGUAUUUCACGUUCAAAGUUCUCGUUUCAUGGCAAUAAAUCAUCGGAACGAGCUCCCAUGGGACGAGAGAAACCGUGAUGGGAUUAGAUAAGUCGUUCGCGCUUCCACCCGAGGGAGAAGGGAGCCGAUGCACGCAACACCGUAAUAUCAUCGCGCGUAGCCGAAUUUUUUCCGAUUAUAACAAUAUUUUUCCUCUCUCAUAAUUCGCGAGAAUUAUUUUUCAAGAAAGGAAAGGAAGAAGAAGAGAAUUUUCCACGAGAUGUUUCGAAAUACAAAAUACCCCCCCUGGAAUUAAUUUCGACCCCUGUCGUUUUUAGGUCAAACGAGAAAUUCAGCGGGGAAAUGUGUGAUCGGUCAGACGCGCCUCGCCGAAGUUUCUCAGCAACAGAAUAACUAAUUGCAGUGCAUACAGAGAGUUGUGGUAGCCGAAGAUAUGACUAAUUGCAUCGAGCAACACUUAUUUUACGCCACCUUUGAUUCCCGCUGGGUAGUAUAUUUCUAUCGGCUAUUUAAGGGACGGGGCGCAUAACAGAUGUAUUUCUAUUAACCGAGACCCGUACGGUGUUCACGCUCGUUUAUAUCGAGCCUCUAUUAAGGAGGCUCCGCUUCGUUUCUUCGUCGAGCGAAAAGUGUCCCCGCGAUGAUGGAACGAAUUUCCACUUCCUUUGUGCGAAAAAUCAUCCUCCACCAGAUGUUACCGGAUCGAUCUUCCACACGCCUCCGCUUCACGUUCACUAUCCUCUCGAUUUUUCUGUGUACCCUUGCAUCUUCUCGCAACGCCUUUCGAAAACGUUAAUUCUCCACGGUGCACGGUUACUCAACGACCAACCGAUCGUACAAUUUUACUACAUCUCGCGUUGUACUUGCAUCUCGGCUUCUCUCUACGAGAGGGGAAGGAGGAGGAGAAGGUUUUCUCGUCGAGUCACGUCUCCCUUCGUCGAGAGCCACGUUUCUGCAGCCCACCGUCCCCGGCCACGUGAAUCACAACCAUUCUCCCCUCCUCGUUCCACCUCCUAACAGACCUAACGAUCCGACUUUGCACACACGCCAGGCUUAGAGCACGCCAGCUGACUCACGCAGCGAACCACGCGUGCUCUUCUCUCCCUCUCGAUCCUCUGCUGCAGCGUGCAUCGAGAGACGGAGAGAAUGAAACCACGUUUCGCCUCUCUAGUCUCGUUCCAUACUCGGCACACACUUGUGGCAUUCGGUCAGUUCCGUGCGCCGCGCUCGUCACCGACUCGUCCAUUUUCCUCGUCGGCGUUUCGAUCAUUUCCUCGGAGAGGAUGGUCAGAACGGAUCGAGGUAACACCGGUGUGGAUUUUCGUGGUGUGUGUUUCAAGCUCGUGUUUGCGUAGCUCACUCGAGGUGGAUUCUUUUUGGGAAGCGAUGGAUAAAUUUGUGGAUCCGAUCGAACUGCUACGGACUUGGUGAACUGUGACUGUGAGAAAGAAACGUUGUUUUGACGCGCGAUGAUUUGACCUGACGUUCCAUUUCUCUUUUCGCUCAUCCGUGGUGAUCCUGGAACAUUUCUCGGCGGGAUCUCGAAGAGUUUCUUCCCCUCGAUUUUCCACGGUGGAAGAGAGAAGAAGUGACUUUAUAUUCGCGGUAGUGGUUUUCUUUUCGAUUUAGUUUGCGAAUCGUCAAAUCAUGGGGAAGGGCGACGAGUGUACGCGGGAACCGAUGACGAUUCGCGAGACGAGAGUUCUUUUAUCCGACGCCACCACGGUCCAAUCAGUUUUUCAACGACUGCUGCGUUGAAAUCUGGCUCGUUGCCAUUGUGAAAUUUGAUUCACACCGAGGAUUACGUCCAAGUGGAAUCAGCAAUGCAUCCGAACCACUCUGUUAACUUGGAGAUUAUGAGGAACCUCGAUCGAUAUGUACCAUGCCUCGAUUAUUCCGACACGCUGCUGCCAUGUUCCAGUUUUUUCUUUUUUAAUACUUGCGCGACAAAUGCAAAUUAAAUGCCAAAAGUAGCUGUAUAAAUUCAUAUACCAUCGUCUGGACAAAUUCUAGUCAUUUUUUUCUUAAUUUUUUAUCAAACCAGAGGAGAUUAGAAAAAUUAGAAUUAUCGGGGGAAGAGCGCGUACGAAAGUUCCAAAAGAAUUUUCUUAUCUCUCGAGUCGUUGGAAUAUGUUUGGAAAGUGGUCGGAAUUUUCGUUUCUUUCGUGAGAAACGGCGCUUCCUCCCGUCGAUGCGAGGAGAAUUCGCAGGAUGGCAAGCAGCGAAGUGAUGCUGGCGCCCACCACGGCGCCCGGAACGUCCAGACGGGAGAUAGACGACGUCAGAGAUAUGGUUAGAAACGCGACCGUCACAACCGUUUACGCCAAACAACGUGCCUCCGUAAAAUGGCUCUUGUCGAAGGCGUACAACAACCGAGUGCCAGAAAACCUUCGUGAGCCGUAUUAUGUCGAUAAUGAGAAUCAAGAACACCUGAAGCCGCAGAUCGUCCACGCACUUUCCAAUGCAGAGUUGUACUGUUUGGCGCUGGCGAACAUCUACUCGGAUCCAAAUUAUCACAAUCAGAAUCAUUGCGGCAUCCUGCAGGCCCUCGCCAGAAAGGGUGUUUACCUUGCGGAGCCGAACAACACCCAACUCACCGAAACGAUCCUCAUUCAAAAUUCGCCACUCAAGAUGUCCGCUCAUAUGGCUGUGAUAGAGGGCCUGAUGGUCUUGUACGCGAAGGAAGUGGUGACCGGGGACCGAGUGGUCUCCGCGAUCCGCCGUUUCGACCCCCAGGCGGAAGUGGAGGUUCCGGGGGACCACGAGAAGGGCCUCCUCCUCUGGAUCAGUCACGCGUCGCACGCGCUCAUCGCCAAGAUCCAGACGGAGGAGGGUGCCGGUGAUAAAACGCGACUGCCAGAGCUGCCGGCUGCCAAGGAUUUCCAAUCGUUGUGCGACGGGGUGGGCCUGGCCGCGGUCGUCGCCUUCUACUGCCCGGGCGAGCUCAACUGGAUGGACAUCCGGGUGUCGAAGAGACCCUCGGUCGCGGACGCGCUGCACAAUUUGUCGCUGGUCCACGCCUUUUGUAACAGAUGCUUACCCUAUUCCAUUUUUCACAUGCAACCCGAGGACGUGACGUACAUGAGGGGGUCUAUGAAGCAAAAUUUAGUCGUUUUCCUGGCGGAUAUGUACAACGUGUUGGAGAUCCAUCCUGCGAAGUGUGUACGUUAUCCGGGCGAGGAGAGGGCGAUGCAGUUCUUAGAUGCCUGCCCGCGCAAUAGUCAUGGCGUAGCUCAUAAAAGAAGUCUGCCACAGUCUAUAGCUCCGAUACCUGAUCUGAGAAGCAACCUCUCCGUAUCCGCGCCAGGCUUCACAGUUGCAAAAGCAUCGUCAUCUUCCUCCGUCAAGAAGUCUCAAUCAUUACAACAAACUGCCGAAAAUUAUUCUCACGACGACAGACGAGCGGGGAGCGAAGAAAGUUUCGUAGUCCAUCGCGGCAAAGGCAUUCCUACGUUAAGCUCCGUGGCGGACGAGAAAUCCGUAACUAGAGCGGACGCCGCUGGUCGGCCGAGCAACUGGGAAGAGCAGAGGAGGAGCUCGUACGCUGGCCGACGAUCCAGGCGUAACAGCGUUUCGGACGACUCUCAGUUGACGAUAGAGAACUUUGGCGGAUCCCAGGAUAAUUUACACAACUUCGGUAGAAAUCCAGACAAGGAGGUUGGGGCGCACAUCGGUAAAAGGAGUACCACGGAACCGACAUUACCGGCGAGAUCGAGCGUUCAGGACGUGUACGGCAGCGGGGUGCAGCACAUUUUGUCGGAUAACGGAUACGACAAGGAAGAGCCGCCGAGAUUGAGAAGGCAAACGUCCAACUCCAGCUUGGACAACGUCGCGCUCAAGCAAAUUUUACAUUCCAGUGAGAACGUUAAUUCGGAGGGUGACACGUCCAAAUUGGCCAGCUUCGCGAAUCUGAGCAGGCAAAGCUCGGAGAAAGGGAUCAACUUGACGUACACGGAGCAGGAUCGAGAUGACAACAAAUCGACUCUGUCCGGGAAGAAGUUUGGCCAGACGAACGGAAAUGGGAACGGCGAGAAGAAGACUACGUUCGCCACUUUACCGAAUACGACCACGUGGCAACAGCAGAGCAAUCAGCAAUCCCAACAGGUGGAACAACAUUCUGUUGAUGAAAACGGUGGUAACACCAUUAUGGCCUCGCAACUGAAUAACAUUAGAUUGAAGCUAGAGGAGAAACGUCGGCACAUAGAGAACGAAAAGAGGAGGAUGGAGGUUGUGAUGUCGAAACAGCGUCAAAAAGUUGGCAAGGCUGCGUUCCUGCAAGCUGUCACGAAGGGUAAGGUUAAAUCUCCCUCUUCAUCAACGUCUGGGGGGGACAGUCCGGCUGAAAUUGGUCCCCCCACUUCUGUAACCUCCGGAUCUUCGGGGGAGACCCCGACAAGUGUUUCCGAGACGACCCCUGUAACCCAACAACCCUCUCAAGAAAAACCACAGAGACCCUUCUCGCUCAAGGAAAUUAGUGAAGAUGUUCGAGAUGUUGAACAUAAAUGGUUGGAACAUGACGGAAAUGCGCCAUUUAUUGAAACAAGACGUACUCCAGAUAUUGAGAACAUGGAUAUUGAACAGUAUCAUCAGUCCAUAUCACAAAUGAAUAACAGUCUUAGUGAAAUUCAAGCUGACAUACAACGUUUAGCAAAUCAGCAAAAUCAAAUACAACAACAACAUCUAAUGACCCAACACCAGCAACAAAUGCAACAACAACUUCAGCAAUUGCAAAGUCUUAGUCAGCAACAUAUGCAAAAUUUCGGAAUGGCACCUAUAAAUCCAUUAACAUCGAAAUUACAAGAUACUCAACAAUCCCAAUUCUAUUUACAUGAUCAACCUCAAUUACAAAGACGAAUGUGGGGUCAACCACCUCCAACACAAAGUUUAGCAAAUGAAAUGGCUGCUGUGGGUUAUCAACAAUCAAUAGAUCCUCGAUAUGGUACUCAACCAACAGCUUACCAACAAGAUUUGCGUUUAUAUCAAGAUACACGGAAUUGGGGAACACUCCCACCUCAACCGAAAGGAUUUGUUUUGCAUGAUAAUCAAGAACCAAGGUAUCUUAAUGGUGGAGAUCAUAGUCUUUGUAAUAAUCAAAUGAGCCAUUCUGGUUCUACAUAUCCAUCAUCUGCAUCUAUCUUCAAUCAAACACCACCAUCUUCUGCUAGUCCACAACAUCGUAAUGCUGUUCAUCGAAUAAGUCAGUUAAUGAGUGAAAGUCCCGAACCAAAAAGGCCAACUGUACAUCAUAUACCAAUUAAAUGUGAAAGCCCUACCGAAAAACGACAAAUUACUGCGUUACAUGCACCGGUACCAGCUCCGCCUGUAGAUGACAUGAAACCUCAGAAUAUAUCAUUUAUUGGAAAUGAUGAUGAGCUUACACAAGGUAUAAGAGGUUUAAACAUCACGUCUGGCAGCCGUACAUAUAGAAUUCCAUCACCAACUAGACCUUCAAUAUCACGUAAUUCAUUUCAACCUCAUCCAUCAUUAAGAGAAGCUACACCAUCUCCAUCAGGUACACCAGAAGUAACACCUCUAGAUCCAACAGAUGCUGGUGAGAAAGGAUUUUAUAUUUGUUUCGACAAUGACGCACCGAAAAAACCAAAACCGACUCUCAGAGUGAAAAGAACAUCUCCGAAAAAGGAAAGAAGUGUAUCAUCGUAUGUUGAAAAUGAAGAUUUUACGAUGCGUCCUGAUUCGCCUUCUGCUAUUGCUAUUGAUAGACAAAAGCAACUGGAAGCUCAACGAGAUUUAGAUCGAGAAAAACAUCAGAUAGAUGACAGAGAUUUCCAACGACAAGAAAUUAGAGAUAAAGAAAUUCAGAGGGAAGGAGAAAGAGAAAAACAAAGAGAACGACAUGAAAUCACUGGAGAAAGUCGACAAUCUGGAGUCGGUUUAAUAAUUGGAAAUCAAUUAGCAAAUCCUGAUCCUAAUUCUCUGGAUGAAAUGGAACGAAAAAAAGAACGUAUAAUGCUAUUGUCAUUGCAAAGAAGACAGCAGCAAGAAGAAUUGAAAGAAAGAAAGGAAGCAGAAGCUCAAGCUCGACGAGAACAAGAGAAAUUAAAAGCAGAAGAAAGAGCUCGUAAAAAAGAAGAAGAAAGGCAACGAAGAGCAGCUAUUUUAGAACAACAUAAAGUAAAGAAAGCAAUUGAAGAGGCAGAAAGAGAAGGUAAGGUUAUCGAUAAGGAGCUUCUCAAUGCAAUAAAACCAACAAAAUUGCGUAAUAAGACUGCGACUCGACCACGACCCAAAACAAUUCACGUGGAUGCUGGUACAGAAUUGGAUUCUGGGGCCCUUACGCCAAGUCGUGGAAAAAAGGGUUCUUCUUCUAAUUUAAGCACAGCGUCGCUGACUUCCCCGACGAUGAGGCGAGACUACUACCGAGGCUCGCAGGACAGUCUCACUGCUGCCCAUUUCGAUGAACGACGUUCCGGCCCUCUUUAUCGGGGCGGCAGUCUCAGGGUAUCUUCCGUAGAUUCACCCGACGAUGGUAGAGGUUCCUCGCCUUGUCGAAGUAUGAAUCAACUUGGCCGACGUGGUUCCUACAAAACAUCUAGAGAUGUGCAGGAGCCUCAGCAACAGGUUAGAGGCAGGCCUAAAUACCCGAGUUACGAAAACUUUAAGGGGAGAAAGUCUAAUUCCUUGAUGAAUUUGUGUGGUUCGAGUAGUGAUCAAGACGGUAUGAUGUGUCGAUACACAGAUACGGACAGCGGACUAGGCAGAGCCACACCUCCAAGGAGAGCACCAAGUCCAGGAAUGGGUAGCAUGAGGCAUCUUCCGUCGCCAUCUGGCCCUGGUUCCUUACCUCCCGGUUUGAUGACCAAGAGACGAGUAUUCGAUGAUGGUAGCAGCGACAUCAGUAGCACACCAAGUUCAAUGAUGGACUAUAAUGGUCCAAGAUUGUAUAAGCAACCGACGACUAAGUCAAACCGUGGUAUUAUGUUAAAUGCUGUGGAGUAUUGUGUGUUUCCGGGUACGGUGAAUAAAGAAGCGAAAAGAAGAGUUCUGGAUGAAAUUGCAAAAUCAGAAAGCAAACAUUUUCUUAUUUUAUUUCGAGAUGCUGGUUGCCAAUUCCGGGCUCUCUAUUCAUACUGCCCAGAUAGAGAAGAAGUUUCGAAGUUGUAUGGUACUGGACCUAAACAAGUCAUUGAUAAAAUGUUCGAUAAAUUUUUCAAAUACAAUUCAGGAGCAAAAUGUUUCUCGCAAGUACAUACAAAGCAUCUGACUGUGACCAUAGAUGCCUUUACGAUACACAACAGCCUUUGGCAAGGUAAAAAGGUGAAUUUACCGAACAAGAAAGACAUGCCUCUCGUCAUAUAGUUUUACACAAAUGUCACAUUUUAUGCCCUCUGUUGUUCAUAGUUACUAUUUUAAUACAGGCCCAUAUUAAAUUAAUGCAAACGUUGCGUUCUUAGUCAAUUUUAUAAGGACAAAUGAUUGAUGCUGACUCGGUAUGGGAUGCAAUCAUUUUCAGCGAUUUUUUACGAUUGCAAACCAAAUUGAAACGGCGUAAUGUUACCAAGUAUACGUUUCUUUCUUCUCUUUUUUUUUUAUAAUUUUUUCUAUCAUUUCUUCUGGUAUUUUUUUUCUAUUUUAUUCUCUUUGUUUUAAGUUAAGUUGUUGGCAUCAAUUAUUGUGUCGUAAAUUUACCAAUAUCUAAUUAAUAGGAAUGGUUUGUUGUCAGUAUCUAAUAUCUUUGCGGACUAACUCGACAUGUAACCGUCUUGUAAUCGUGUAAGCUGCUGUGUUGUAAAUGAAAGUUAUGACUGAUUGUAAAA